AUGAUGCGAAGGUCGCGUCAACUCCUGGGUGUUCUUUGCGUCAUGGGCGUCGUGAGUGCCAAGGAGUGCAGUGGUAAGACAUGUGCCAAGAAGUCCAGGGGGCUUGAGAUGGUACAAAUUCGCUCGGGUCUGGCGCGGGAGCACCAUGGCUUAGAGAUGGACUUGGAGAAGGAAGAAGAAGAAUGUGAAAUGAGCAGCAUUGCCAAGGACUACUACUACAAACCUCCUGAACAUGAAUUCAUUUGCCACAGACGAGGCAAGCCAGAUUUGGAUCUGGAAGUGGGCAGUGUGCAGCAUUUCCAUCCCGUGACCGGGGACACUAUGACCAUUCGUGGCCGUGCUUUGGGCAGAGGUAAGUUCCAAGUCGACAGCUUCACUCCUCGUGGACGGGCCAAGCCACAAAGAGCCAGCUUCCUGCAAAGUGUCGAGUCCAUGGGGCUGGAGACACGCACGGCCGCCGUGCUGAUGAUCCGAUUCCUAGAUGCGAACAACCAGCUGAUCCCAUCCAGCAUGGAUACUACGGAGGAGCGUAAAAACAUGGCGAUUGGCGUCAACGACUCCUUCUAUGGUGCCUUCGAGCACACCGUGCAGAAGACUCAUGGUGGGACCUGGCAAGAUUGCUCCUAUGGCAAGCUCAACUUGCAGUUUGAUGUGGACCAGAAAGAAAACGAUUUGGCUCAAGAUGUAGCUGGCUCAGGCGCAGACAUCUUCUAUGCUGAUGUGCCCAUGGUUUGUGACCCUGCCGUUGACUCCUAUUGCCCAAGCAGUUAUGACUCGGCGACCAGCUGCUCCAGCAGUGAGUACUAUGGGUGGCCUAGGUAUGCCUUCAACAAGUUCCGGGACACUAAGCCGGGACUUUCGAAGCAAGACUGGAUGCAUUGGGUGAUCAUUUUCCCGAGAGAUAUCGUCAACUGCAACUUUGUCGGCUUGGGCAAUGUCGGCUGUUCUUCCAGCUACUGCUACUCAUGGAUUCCACAUGAUUACUCCACAAAGAUUCAAGACUACACCCAUGAGCUGGGCCACAACCUUGGAUUGGCACAUGCCGGCACCAACGGUGGCUCCGAGUAUGGGGAUUUCAGCUGUGCCAUGGGCUACUGCUGUUCAGUGCGCUGUUACAAUGCUCCACAUGCCUAUGAGUUGGGAUGGUUAACUCCAUCUUUGGAGCUGAGCAACAGCAACUUUGCGGGGCAACUCACCGAUGUGCCCUUACGCUCCAUGUCUGUCUAUGAUGAUGGCGCCAUCACGGUGACGGGAGAUUGGGCUGCCACUGCGGAUGUGUAUUGGAUUCAGCUCAAGACACAGCACCACUAUGAUAGCUACAUGAAAUCAGGCUGGUACAACAACGUCCAGAUCAAGAAGUGGAACAAGGGGAGCUACGAAAUCAGUUGGCAUUUGAAGACCUUGAACGCGGGUGAGUCUUGGACUUCAGAUGAUGGGGAACUCACUGUGACGGUCCAGAGCAUUGACGUGGUGAACACAAUGACAGCUUUGUUGACCCUCAGUGAAGACUGCAAUUCCUGCAGCGUCGAUUGUGAGAGCAAGACAGGGAAAACGAACGGAAAGAAGUCCAGAAGAUAUUGCUGCGGCAGAGAUGCAUCAUGCUCCGAUGCACGUUGCACAUCCAACGGCUUUGCCUGCAGCGCAGUGCAGACCCCAAUUGAGACGAGCUGCUGCGGGGACGGUACCUGCCAUCCCCUUGAGGAGCUGGUCAUCGACAGCGACCGUCACGUGUUCCUGGACGUCUUUGCCGAUUGGUGCGGCCCAUGUGUGCAGGCCAAGCCACAUUUCUACAAGCUGGCAUCACUGCUGCGUGCAUGUGACGACAUUGGCAUUUGUAGCUAUGAUGCGGAUGCCAAUGAGAAGCCCGCGAAAUACAUUCCGGAGUCUCACAUCCCAGUCUUUAAGCUCUUCGUGCGGGGCGACAAGCAGAAUCCCAUCAGUUUCAAGGGCGAGCGCACCCUGCGAGGCUUCCUCUCCUUCCUCAAGCAGCACACGAAGUUGGAUAUCCAGGAUGCCUUGCGUCUUCUUUACGCUGACUACUGCUCCCAGAACAACGUCGAGGAGCUCUACAGGCAGUUCUUGUCCUCAUUGGCAGCACAAAUGGAGAAGAAUCAGGAGCAGCUUCCGUCCCAUCUCUUACGUUGGGCCGAGCAAUAUUUCAUGGAUCCGGAGCGCUUUUACCCCACCAAGGACUCGGAUGACGCCUUGCAGCUGGCCAUGAGGGAUGUGCCCUCCAGCUUGCUGCCUGAAGCUUUGCGACCACUGCAAGCAGGGACUAAGGUUCGAGUGACCCGGGACCAGACGACCUUGGAGAGGACUCAGCGGAUGAUCAUGGGCUUCCUGGACAUGCGUUGUGCCCGAAAGGAGUUGCUGGGGCAAGUGGGCACAGUGGUCUCCUCCGAGUCGUCCUUCAAUGAGAUUCAGGAUGGCGCAGUUGUGGGCCCUGAACGCAGGGGCGAGGGGCAACUCUCCUUGCGUGAGGAGGAGUUGAAGACUUUGUUUCAAGGCACCAGCAAGACAAAAUCAGAGACCAGUCAGCAUGGGAUCAUGGUUGAUCAGGCCCGGCAGAUGCAGAUGUUGGAAAAGCAGGGCAUCGUGAUGUUGCACCGUCAAGCGCUGGAGAUUGAGGCAGAGAAGACGGGAGACGGGAGGGAGACCGGGGGCCCUGGGGACCUGGACUGCUGGUCCACUGGUUCUGGCUCUUCCACAAGCAGGCCACCAGUGGAGAAGGAUCGUCUCCAUGAAGUGGUCGUGCGCAUGGAUUUGCAGCUGAUGAUUCCUGGAUUGAAAGGAGCACUGAAUGCCCAGCCCGGCGACCCCAGGCAAGAACAGCUGUUGGGGGGGAGCGAGAAGAUGUGGGAGGUGACGACGGUGGUGGCAGGUGUGCCCAAGAGUGUCAGUGUCAUCGCCUCUAUGGUGACGGAGACGGAGAUUUCCGAAAGUUUGGCUAUGAGAACCCACAAGAGUAUGAGGACGGUCUACCCCCGGUUCUUGAGCGAGACGCGCCCGGAACGGGUGGCCGUGAAGGCGCCGAAGGCUUUGAGCAAACAAGAGGCCCAGAGUGGAGACGAGUGGAGACGGGAAGCGGAGACAGAUGCAGAUGGAUGGGGUGGGGUGGCAGAUGCGAGUUGUGUUGGGGUGGCAGAGGCCAACGAGGCCUGGACGGACCUGGAAAAGGCCUUGUUCUUGCCGGACAUCUUCGGUGUGCUGGGCUCAGGUGGUGAUGAAUCGCGGCUGUUGCCUUUGAAGCAGCUCCUCAUCAGGGGACUGCAGCCAGAUUUCAGCUUUCGUGGAAGGCCCUUGUUGCAUCGCGCCUGCGAGUCCGGGGACCUCGCCUUAGCCGAGCUCCUCUUCGCCUGCGGCGCUGAUCUGCAUGCUCGAGGUGGAGACGAAGAGAGCCUACCCAUCGAGGUGGCUGCCUGGUGUGGGCAGAUGCAGCUUCUUCGUUUGCUACUCAUGAAUGGCUCGUGCUUUGGACAAGCGUUGCACAUGGCGACUCUAGCUGGACACUUGGAGGCAGUGCAGCUGCUUUUGAAUUACGGCUGCCCUCCCCAUGUGCGAAUUGCUGGAGUCUCGCCGCUGGAUUUGGCGAUCGCGGCUUGCCAGGCUCCCAUUGUGAAUUUGCUCCUGCAGCAACCGAUGCUUUUGGACACUGGUGGAGCAGAAGAAAGGCUGCAUUCGCAGGGCAUCGGCCGCUUCGGCCUCGCGCCGCGCAGUCGGCGCUUGCACCUCUGCUGCAAGCUGGGCGGCCCACGAGGUGGCAUCUUGAAGGCUCUUUUGACACAAGGAGGUGUCGGAAAGCAGAAAGAAUGGUGGGCCAUCCUGGAGGCUGAGGACGGACAGACGCCUUUGAGCGUGGCACAGCUGCCCAUGCGACUGCUGCUGAGACCUCACUGUUUGGAUGUGUGGUCCACCCUGCUGCGCCACUGGACGGCUCCUAACCUGGACACCUCGCUCCGCACGGUCCUCGAACAGAAGGGCGACCCAAGCUGCGCCAGCGGGGCCGGUUGGACGCCGUUGAUCCUUUGCGCCAUGGCAGACAGGGGAGAUCUUUGUCAGCUGCUCCUCCAGUUUGGCGCCGAUCCUUUCCAGGCGGGUCCUCGUGGCCGCAGUGCUCUUCUUUGGGCCGACUGGUAUCAAGCCUCAAAAGCCUUGGCUGUCCUGAAGGCUGAGAAGCGUGAGAAGCGGGAUGACCGGGAAGGUCUCAAAAGGCUGCAGCAAGGAUUGAAGGACGAUGAGCUGGCCUCGCCCAUUGUGACGCCCUUGCCUGCGGACGAGUUGGUGGCAGCCAUGAACUUCCCAGGCCUUUCCUUUGCUGAGUUGGUGGAACAUCAGCUGCAGCGGCAAGCGGAGGUUUGGGAGACCUCCACCAGCUCGGGGCCGAGCAACUGGGCAUCAAGUGAUUGGAGGGAACAAAGGCCGGGGGAGCUGGAUCUCACACCCCGAUCAGCAGGUAAGUUGUGGGCAGUUGGUGAAGAGCCUGAAGGGGACGCCAACAGCACGGAGUCGUUGCAGGAGAUCCUGAACCAGGUGGAUCUGGGCCCUGUCGGCCACUUCGACAGUAUGAAAUCCCUGGUGGCAGCGGCCCGGCUCCUUGUUCAAGCGAAGAUUGCAGGAGGAGACACCACGACGUCGAGUCGAGCUCCUGCCGACAGUGCGAAUGGCGCUUUGGCGCUCUACGUCUUGACGCUCUUGGAUGCGAAAGCACGAGAGCGGAUCAACCAGAAGUGGCAGUCUGAGGUCUGGGCGAAAACGUUGCUGAGCUCCUCGGGCCUGGCGUGGCAACAACUCCCCGCCGAGCGUUCCGUCGUCUUCCGGGCGGUUCGACUGGAAGGAGACCUUUCAUCCUACAGGCGUCCCUUGGAGCUCUUCGCUCCACGGCGCCCCGUGAGCUGGCCAUGCCCCAGCUACGGCACACUGGAUCGGCGUGUGGCCAUGGCUUACCUCGAAGAUUGGAAAGAUGCGGCCGGGCGACGCAGGAAAAACGGCGGGCCACCACACCAAGGUCAGUUCCAUUCGUGA